CCUACAUGGUGACAUCAGAUGACAAGUUACUGUCACUGUCAUUUUUGUUGAUUGAUAAUAAUUGAUACGUCGACGUGUUGGAUAAAAAACAAUUUGAAGAAUUUUCUCAAAAAUGGCAAAAAUUGGCACAGUAAUAUCUAAGUUCUACAAUGAAUAUAUAAGUAAAACACCCAAAAAGCUAAAAGUAAUCGACGCUUACCUUCUGUACAUUCUUUUGUCAGGCAUAGUUCAAUUUGUAUAUUGCUUACUCGUUGGCACAUUUCCUUUUAAUUCAUUUUUGAGUGGAUUCAUCUGCUGUGUGAGCUCCUUCGUACUUGCCGUUUGCCUGCGAUUACAAGUCAACCCGGAGAACAAGGUGCAUUUUGCCGGUAUUACUCCAGAAAGGGCGUACGCAGAUUUCGUUUUCGCACAUUUGGUUUUACAUUUAGUAGUAAUGAACUUUAUUGGUUAAGAUAUUGAUGAGAUUAUGUUUUUGUGAGUAAUACAUUUCAUUUUUUACUAAGACUGUUGUCUUGCUAUUCUGUUGACUAUAGUACC